AUGAACGAGACGUCGCUAUAUGAAGACGCUGAGAAUGAGAUAACAAGUGACUCCAUUUUCCGUGUCAUGUCUGUGUCUAAGAACUUUGCAAUGGCAUCCGCCCUCGUCGUCUCCGAGAAAAGCAAAAGAGACUAUGCGAACAGCAGUUUUGCCCCAUUAUCCUUGGAUACGCCUGUCCGUCUUGUGCUACCGGGGUUCAAGCUACCAGAAAAAGAUUGGAAUGAUGGCGGUAGCGAGAUCACGUUGGAGAUGCUCGCAAGCCAUACAUCGGGACUACCGCGAGAGAGUUAUAGCACGGGGUUUAACAUGGUCCUGUCUACCGGCCGCGCAGACGCGACGACCAUUGGAGCGGCAUGGGCUGAAGCUUCGAUUGAAGAUGUUAUGGACGGAGUCGGGAAGUCAAAUCUGAUGUUUGCUCCUGGGCAGAGAGCGGCGUAUUCGAAUGCCGGUGUAGCUGUGCUUGGAUCUGCAGUCGCAGCUUACUACAGCAACCUUGUAGGGUUGAAAUGGACGUGGAAUGACGUAGUAACGCAGGAGCUACUAUACCCGCUUAACAUGACACACAGUUUCGUCGGCGCUAUUUCGAUAGACCUUAUCCCGCACAUUGCUGUGCCAGGUGGGGAGAAUUGGGCCGAUCUUGUUGUGGGCCUCGGAUAUGACCCAGCAGCUGGCAUGUUUAGCUCUGCAAACGACCUGGCAAAAUAUAUUCACGGCGUCUGGCUCCAAUCCAACCCCUCGUUGAUAAGUCCCUACCACCGCCGCCGCGUCCUCAAGCCCAUAUACGUCUCUCCAGACGGAAAACAGCACGUGGGGCCAGGUUGGGAAAUCAACCUCCUCGCCAUCUCCACUCGUAGCAAUCUUACUUUGCCGGAGCUCACCAAGACCUACUCUGUAUACGGGAAGUCCGGAAAUGGUGGCGGAUACCAGUCUUGGAUUGACGUGGUUCCGAAUCUAGGCUAUGGACUUGUUGUCCUAGCUCAAACGGCGGGGCUAGAUGAGUACGUGUCGAUAUCGCCGUCGCAGGUGUACAGUGCGGCGCAUGAGAUUCUGAUGCCUGCGUUUGCCGAAGCGUUAAGUGGAAGGAUGGGAGGAAGAUUUGCGGGAUAUUACGCUGGCGGGUAUGAUACUGGAAUUACGACUGACCAAGUUAGUCAUAGUGGAAGGAACACGACUACAUAUGCGAAGCUGGAAAUUGAAGAUCAGGUAUUGUAUCUCCGUGAUCUCGUCGUCAAUGGAACGAGUGCAUUAGAAGCAGUGGAUCGGUUGAGCUGGACUACAGAUGCGCAGCCACAGUACUUUUCUACACCUAGUGGCGUUGUUCUUGAGCCUGCUGAGGGAGCUGGUGAGACUGCGCAGUUUGGUGAAGGGGCGCAAGUGUUUAGGAUGAAUUUUCCGGGGUUAGAUGUGUGUGAUUGGUUUGAUUUUGAUGGAUACAAGGAUCAAAAUGGAUGGCCUUUAACGAAGAUAGUGCUUGUGGAGAACAAAGAUGGAGUUUUUCUCCAUUAUCCGCCAUUCGAUAUCGUAACGUCAAGAAUGUAA